GGCCACAUCUGGGGCGCCCAUGUGCGCUCGGGGGCUCGGCUGCGCCCGCCCCGCCGCCGCCCCCGUCCCCCCUGCCCGCAGGGUGGUCCCCGGCCCGACCCGGGCCCUGGGCAACCCGUCGUCCCCGCCGCCACUGCCGCCGGGGGUUUGCUCCGCAGCCGGCUUGGACGCCCCCGGCCCCGCCGUGGCUCCGCCGUGGUGCGGCGGCGGCGACGGCGGCAGCGGCUCCUGCUCCCCCGGCCCGGCGCGUCCCGCUGCGCCCAGCGCCGGCCCCGCGGGCUCGGGGAGCGGGGCCCCGGCAGGGGCCGAGGCGGGAGCCGCGCUGCCGGGCUCCCGGGCUCCGACUCCUCCUCCCCCGCCGCCGCCGCCGCCGCCCGCCGCGCCGGGUCCUAAAGCCGCGCGUCUCAGGAGGAUGGUGCGUCUGGCGGCAGAGCUGCUGCUACUGCUGGGGCUACUGCUGCUCACACUGCACAUCACGGUGCUGCGCGGUUCGGGAGCCACAGACGGGCGGGACGCGACCGCGGCCAACGCCAGCCGGACCCAGCUGCAGAAUAACCUCAACGUGGAAAGUGCCUCUACAUCAGAAACCAGCUCUCCUCUCUCCAAAGAAGCGCCAGGCAAGCAUUUGGACCACCAGGCUGCACACCAACCCUUCCCUAGACAGAAAUUCCAGCAAGAGGCUGGGCAUCCUUCACUGCAAAGAGAUGGCCCCAGAUCUUUUCUCCUUGAUCUACCAAACUUUCCAGAUCUUUCCAAAGCUGAUAUCAAUGGGCAGAAUCCAAAUAUCCAGGUCACCAUAGAGGUGGUGGACGGUCCUGACUCUGAAGCAGAUAAAGAUCAGCAUCCGGAGAAUAAGCCCAGCUGGUCAGUCCCAUCCCCUGACUGGCGGGCCUGGUGGCAGAGGUCCUUGUCCUUGGCAAGAGCCAACAGCGGGGACCAGGACUACAAGUACGACAGUACCUCAGAUGACAGCAACUUCCUCAACCCCCCGGGGGGCUGGGACCAUCCGGCCCCAGGCCACCGGACUUUCGAAACCAAAGAGCAGCCAGAAUAUGAUUCUACCGAUGGUGAAGGCGACUGGAGUCUGUGGUCUGUGUGCAGUGUCACCUGUGGGAACGGCAACCAGAAACGCACCAGGUCCUGUGGCUAUGCAUGCACUGCAACAGAAUCCAGGACAUGUGACCGUCCAAACUGCCCAGGAAUUGAAGACACCUUCAGGACAGCUGCCACCGAAGUGAGUCUGCUGGCAGGAAGUGAAGAGUUCAAUGCCACCAAACUGUUUGAAGUUGACACUGACAGCUGUGAGCGGUGGAUGAGCUGCAAGAGCGACUUCCUAAAGAAAUACAUGCACAAGGUGAUCAACGACCUGCCCAGCUGCCCAUGCUCCUACCCCACCGAGGUGGCCUAUAGCACGGCAGACAUCUUCGACCGCAUCAAGCGAAAAGACUUCCGCUGGAAGGAUGCCAGCGGGCCCAAGGAGAAGCUGGAGAUCUAUAAGCCCACGGCCAGGUACUGCAUUCGCUCCAUGCUCUCCCUGGAGAGCACCACGCUGGCUGCCCAGCACUGUUGCUAUGGCGACAAUAUGCAGCUCAUCACCCGGGGCAAAGGGGCGGGGACGCCCAACCUCAUCAGCACUGAGUUCUCAGCGGAGCUCCACUACAAAGUGGACAUCCUGCCCUGGAUUAUCUGCAAGGGCGACUGGAGCAGGUAUAACGAGGCCAGGCCUCCCAACAAUGGACAGAAGUGCACGGAGAGCCCCUCAGACGAAGAUUAUAUCAAGCAGUUCCAAGAGGCCAGGGAAUAUUAAAAGAGACGCCAGUUCUGAUGUUGGUGACACAAACGCACUGCACUGAUCGGCAGCCUGGCACAGUCCCUCUUUCCCACAUGCGUGUAUAUUUGUAUAUACCAUGUGAGUAUUUGUCAUAAGUUACACUAGGGGUGUGCACCAGGCCCUUGUGACUGCCAUCUGACGCCACUGUGGCCGUCUGCAAUGUCUACAGAACUCCUUGGAGCUCUUUCUAGGGAUGAUGUCCACAGGCAGAUGGGGACAAAGAAGCCAGAGGAGCAACCUGGAAGCCAUAGGGGGUGGGAUUCAACUCAUACCCUGGAUCCCUGUUUCCAAGAAAAGCAAAAGAGCAAAGAGACUGAAGUUGUAAACGUUAUAAGCAGUUUUUAUAUAUAACUUAUUUAAUAUGAAUGUGACUUAUGCGUAACCUUUUCUCUGGAGUUGUCACCGUGAAACUACUUAAUCACUUCCAUGAGAAUUCAGAAAGGGACUUAGGUAGGUGGAAGAGAAAGGGAAUUUUGUAAUAAUGACUUGUUUAAAAAAAGAAAUAAUUCAAUGGAAAUAUAUUAAAACAAGGAAAUGCCCACCUUAAACUAGAUGUUACUUAGCUGUGAGGUACCUUGCUGAAAUCUCAGCUUCCAAAAUGCACUUGCCUCAGACUGCGUAGGGGGUGGAUAUAUUUAGAAGCAAAUCUGAGGCCUGGUUCUGGUUCUGGCUUUAAAAUAAGGCCAAUAUUAGCACAAUGCUAUGAUUCUACUAAAAGACACCCAGAAUGGCAGGAUUUCUGCUCAUGCCUUAAUAGGUUCAGAAGGCUUCAGUAAGGUCAGACAUAAAAACAAGGAAUAGCACUUUUUUCCAAAUAGAAAAAUACAAAACAAUGGGGAAAAGGACAUGAAUCUUAUUUCAUCUAUUUUCUUUUAAUAUCAUCUUAAUUUUUUUCUCCACCAUUAUAUUCCUAGUAAAUAAAUAUAAAAGAGAGGAGGAAAGCAAUCCUCAUUGUUUUCUGUUUUAAGAAAGGAAAAAAAAAACUGCAUUAUUUUUGUAAAGUAUUUAUUGAGUCAUUUAGUCUUGUGCAUCAAGCAAUUGUAAUAUGACCUGGUCCUGUAGGGUAGAACUUAGAGCAAAUAAAGAGUUGGUUCUUAUGCAAUCUUUACUUGCAGAACUCCAGGAAAAGAGAUUAUAUAAUAAAAUCGUAAAUAAAAUGCUUUACCUGCAGUAAAUGUGUUACCUGCAAACAUUUAUGAUAGAAAGUCCAUAAAUAGCCCUGGUAAAGCAGGGUUUCAAGGCAAGAGAGAAGAAGGUUCAAACCAGGUGGGAAUAAAAGGUCCAUUGAUUAACGUGAUGGUGGGUGGUGUAAGUCAUAGCAUCUUUGGCACCAAGAACAUUAAGAGGCUGAAACUUACUGAUAUGUGUGUGACUUUUUGCCCACCCAGAGCUACGAAAGAGCUAAGAAUAGCAAGCCAGAGCCAAGGCUUAAGACAGCCCAGAUGAGCAGGACCACUCCUAGACAAAACUCUGCAAUUAUAGUCAUAAGUAGAUGACUUAUUCUUUUUCCAGAUGAGGAAACCAAAGCUCAGAGAGGACAGAUCACAUUGGACCCAUCCUAGUCCAGUGGUCCUUCUACUAUCUCAAAUUUUUGAUGUCCUUCUAUAGUUGGUGCCUUUGGUAGUCUGACCCAACCCUUAGGUUCUCUUAAUAACAAUCUUGUUUUUAUGGAAAAGCUCUUAUCAGUCAUUUAAACUCUAGAAUGAGUUAUCCAUGUAUUGCCCACCCUCAGGAUAUUUACAUUUAAUAUCUGUUUCUAAUGAUGGGAUUAGAAUCCUUAUUCACAUUUGAAGGGAUUUUAGGUAACUGAACUGGUAAGGAGAAAAUCAAUAGGUCCAUAUAUCACGGAAGCAGAUUUGGUUCCAAAUAAUAGGGAAACCAUUUUUGAGAAGAGAGUUGGUUUUGAUGGAAUGCAUUGCCCUUUGGGAUGGUGAGUUCCCUAUCAGGACAGGUAUUCAAGCAGAGCUGGAGAUGAAUACCAUGAGAAGUUCCCUUUAGUGCUGAGGAGGGACAAAAAUGGACAGCAGUAACCCCCAUUAUAAGUGUUCUAUUAAGGGUAAGUGGAAAGUAUUCUGGGAAAAUAGAGGCAGAACUCAGGGAAGUACCUGCUGAGUUUAAUGGGGGAUUGGUAUUUCAUAAAACAGAGAAGAGGCAGAGGAAGUGGAUGCAUUUGGGGUACAAAAAAAGUUUGGACAAAGGCAAAGAGCUAGGCAAGAGCCUGGUGUUUUCUGAAAACUGGGGUGUUUACAGUGAUGAGCCAGAGGGACAGGAAUGGCAAAUUAUGGAGCCACAUUUGAGGUGUUUUUGUUAAGGAUUUAGCAUGGAAAAUUAAAGCUCUUUCUUACUAGAGUGAGAAUGACUGAUAUGAGCAAGGUUCCAGUGGGUAUUUGCCUCUUCAUCUCAGACUUUACUGAUACAAUGAACUGAGAGUUGGAAGGUGGAGUAAAUUGGGAGCUGGGGAGGGCUUUUGGGUUCUUUGCCUAUGAGAACACUUCUAAUCUCUCAUCCAUCAUGCAGAUGGUACCACCUCUCUGGAAAUUUGCUGAACUCUAAUCUGUCUCUAUCAGGAUGGGCUCAUUUUCAAUCCCAAAGCUCUCAGGGGCCAAUGAGUUGUCCUCAGAAGUCCAGACCCCUCUUCUUAGGAUGUCCAAUAAGACAAGGAGAUCCUUAUCUCAUUUGCCACAGGGCCCCAAAUCAGUCUCAGGGUAACCUUAGGUAAGACCUUUAUGGAAAGGGGAUCCUGUGCUCAAGGGUCAGCUUUGCCCCCCCCCACCCACAGAGUAGGCUGUCUUCCCCUCACCUGCAGCACCUGUAAAUAGGACCCUUAGCAGCCACUCUACAACCGCCUCUCAUCAAAUGCUUUGCUGCUUUGCCUCUCCUUGGAAAGAGAGCCCUUUCUCUAGUGACCCACUGGGCCUCUCUGGUGCCAUAUCUGAGCAAGCCAAUAGUGACAGAGAAGCCAAGCCCUCUAGUGGCUUCACAUGGAAAGGAGGAGAAGGAGGUCCCUAAAGAGCUGAGCAUCCUCUUCUUCCCAUUCAAGCAUCUGCCAUGAUUAGCCUCCAAGUCCUUCCAUCUUUGUAGGUCCGUGGCCAGGGCAGGGGGCAGUGGGUAGAUUUCCUCAACCUGAAACCGGGGCUCAAGGAUCAAAGAAUAGAUAUGAUACCAACCACCCUUUACUGGGCACACACUUGGCACCUCUGUACCAAUCACAUCACCAUGGGAGGCAGGCAGAUUACAUCCAUUUUACAGCUAAGGCAAAAGAAGCCCAGCAAAGGGAGUUCCCGUUGUGGCUCAGCAGGUUACAAAUCCAACUAGUAUCCAUGAGGUUCAAUCUCUGGCCUCGCUCAGUGGGUUAAGGAUAAGCCGCAGUGUAGGUUGCAGGUGUGGCUUGGAUCCCGAGUUGCUGUGGCUGUGGGGUGCGCCUGCAGCUGUAACUCCAAUUUGACCUCUAGCCUGGGAACUUCCAUAUGCUGCGGGAGGGGCCCUGAAAAGCCAAAAACAAACAAACAAACAAAAAAAAAACCCUACAUAGUACUCUAAUUUGCCCAAGGUCAUCAUGAGGCUCUGUACAUGGAAAAUCUGGUUGAAGCCUAUUCUGUCUGAUCACCAAGCCCAUGUUCUUGACCUUACCCCCUACUCUGUUCUCUUCAUAACUCUUCCCAACACAUAGGAUCAGGGAAGAGCCCACUCUGCCAGUGAGCUCCAGCCCACUCUGCAUUUGUUCAAAUUGUUUAACUCCAUCAAAUGUCCCUCCACCAAUCUUUACGGUAUUUCACAUUAGUGACAAAGGAUCUAGCUUUAGCUCUACAUAUUCUUCUCAUUUCUCAUAUUCCCUAGGAGGAGGUGAAUCCUGUAUUUGAGCCUUUGGGUGAGUAACAGAACCUGACUUUGUAGAAGACAGCCUGUUCCAUGGACAAGAACAAAGGCUGGUCUGUUUUCCCCUCUGUGCACAAGCCCUGUGCCAAUUGUUGCCUGUUGGGUAGACUGCAGGGGCAGGUGCCAUGUCUCCUGGUUUCCUACACCCCCAGCACCCAGCACUGUGCCUGGCGGAUGUAACCAGCCAAUGUGGAGAGGGCUAAGGAAUUUGAGGGUUGAGUCAGAUUGCCUAGAUUCCUUCCAAUCCUGGCUCCCUCGCUUGCCUGCUGGUACCACUGGACAAGUUUAUCAGCCUCUAUAUGUUCCAGUUUCCUCACACAGUUGUUCAGAGAAUGAAAUAAGAGAUAAGAAGUUCCUAGCAUAGGGCCCAGCAAGUACUAUGUGCAUUGAUGUUGAGUCAUUGGAGAAAUAUUUAUUGAGUGUGUACUUAUUGCCAGGCAUUGUUCUAGAUGCCACAGAUAUAGCAGUGUACAAAUCCAAGUUUCCCUGGUGGAGGGGAAACAGCCAAUAAAUACGUACAUACUCUGAUAUAACGGUAAGCAGUAUCAAGAAAAAUAAAUUAUUUGCUCAUA